UUCACUCUUCCCUCGUUUACUUUCACUCUUCCCUCUCCGUCCGCCGUAGCUCAUCGCUCUGUCCCUCUUCCGUCUUCCGUCUUCCCUCCUCCGUCCGCCAUAGCUGUAUUUCUCAGAAAUCGACGGCCAUAUCCGCUUCGUCUUUAUCUCUCGCUCUUCUAAUUCGUCCCUAGUCCGUCUACCCGCCAUUCAUCAUCAAUCUCUCGGUCUCCUAAUCUUUGAUCGCAUUUUGUCAGUGGAAGAAUGGAGGUUGAUUCAAAUGGUGGUAACAAUCCUUCAGUAAAUGAGGGUGAACAAGUUGAAGAACCUAAGAAGGGUAUGUAUUUUAGCUCAAAGGAAGAAGUGUACACAUUUUAUGGAAAAUAUGCUAAGCAUGUUGGAUUUUCUAUAGCUUGUAGAGCACAACAUUUUGGAGAUGAUGAGCAAUUAAAAAACUUUGCAAUUGAAUGUUCUCGAGCGGGGGAGAGGAAAAAAAAAUCAAAAGUGAACCCUUUGAAGCCAUCUUUGUCAACAAAAAUUGGUUGCAAAGCAAGGGUACAAGGUAGUCUACAAAAGGAUGGGAGAUAUAUGUUAACCACAGUUAACCUUGAGCAUAAUCAUGAUUUGAUUCCCACUGAUUCACGUCAUUUUGCAAUGAAUAAGAAAAUUCUUACUCCUAUGAAGAGACGAUUAGAAAUUAAUGAUGAAGCGGGGAUUGGGGUGUCUAGGAACUAUCAUUCAAUGGUUGUUGAAGCGGGGGGGAGGGGGGGGUACGAGUCAUUGACAUUUGAUGAGCGAGAUGCAAGGAAUUACAUUGAUAGAGCUAGAAGAUUGAGGCUUGGGGAAGGUGAUGCCCAAUCACUUCAAAGUUAUUAUAUGAGAAUGCAACCACAUAGUGAGAAAUUCUUUUAUGUGAUUGAUGUUGAUGACGAGUGUCGCAUUAGAAACUUGUUUUGGGCUAAUGCAAGGAGUCGGGCUACUUAUGAAGCAUUUGGAGACGUUGUUUCAUUUGACAAGACUUAUCUGACCAACAAAUAUGACAUGUCAUGUGCUCCAUUUGUAGGAGUUAAUCACCAUGGACAGUCCAUUUUACUUGGGUGUGGAUUGUUAUCUAGUGAAGACACUGACACAUUUGUUUGGCUAUUUAAGUCGUGGUUAAGUUGCAUGUCAAAUCGUCAUUCAAAAGCUAUCAUAACUGAUCAGUGCAGAGCUAUGCAAAAUGCUAUAGAUAUUGUAUUUCCACAGGCUCGACAUCGAUAGUGCUUAUGGCAUAUAAUGAAGAAAAUCUUAGAGAAGUUGAAAGGAUAUGCUGAGUAUGAGCGCAUAAAGUUGGCUAUGCAAAAUGCAAUUUAUGACUGUUUGACAAGAGAUGAAUUUGAGAAUCAAUGGGAACAGAUGCUUACAAGAUUCAAUCUUUAUGAUAAUGACUGGUUGGGGGUACUAUAUGAUGAGCGGCAUCGAUGGGUUCUUGUAUAUGUUAAAGACAUAUUUUGGGCUGGCAUGUCAACUACACAACGAAGUGAAAGCAUGAAUGCAUUUUUUGAUGGAUAUGUCAACCCGAAGACUACAUUAAAACAAUUUGUUGAACAAUAUGACAAUACAUUGAGAAGCAAGGUAGAGAAAGAGAAGAAAUCAGACUUCAAGUCUCGACACAAAUUGUUUGAUUACCUAACUAUACAUGGCUUUGAGAAGCAAUUUCAGCAAGCAUACACUAAUGCAAAAUUCAAAGAAGUUCAAGGAGAGUUGAAGAGAUUAGUUUACUGUCAGGCGGUGAUUGUCAAAGAGGAGGGAUCAAUUUGUACAUAUAAUGUCCAAGAAGCGAUGGUAGUUUGUGAGAAGAUGAAGCAUGUGGACUUUGUUGUAUAUUUUAAUUCAAUCGAAUGUGAAGUUCAAUGUAUGUGUCGGUUGUUUGAGUUUAGAGGCAUUGUGUGUGCUCACUCACUCGCUGUGCUUGUGAGAAGGUGCAUAAAUGAGGUGCCAAACAAAUACAUUCUGCCACAGUGGAGAAAAGAUUUGGUUCGAGAGUACACAUCCAUUAAAACCACAUACAGUGACUUUGGAGGUGAUUUCAAUGCAAGUUGUUAUGAGAGAAUGAACAAGAAAUUGACUGGCAUUUUACAACUUGCUGGUAACUGUGAUGGGAAAAUUAAAAUGAUAGACGUUGGGUUGGAUCAAAUUAAGGAUAGAGUCAUGAAAGAUGAAUCUGGUGAUGGGAGUAAUUUACAAGCUUGUACUACUUUCAUACCAUCUUGUACAAAAAGUCUGAUUGCCACCAGUUCUGCAAUUGUGUUUCUACAAGGAAGGUGAUUAGUCCUUUGGUUGCUCGGCGAAGAGGCCGUCCAAUUACAAAACGAAAGGUUGCCAAAGUAGAUCAAAUAGUCAAUCGGUUCAAGGCAACGGCAAAAAAACAAACAAAAGCAAAGGCUGCUAAGGAGCUUCGAUUUGAAGCUCAAGCUCAAGCUUAUGCAUUGUAUUAUCCUUAUGUGGGUGGCAUGGAAAAUAGUAUGUAUGUACCGGUGGUAAAUGCUAUUGGAGGCACAUCUGUUACCCCAUCAGAGUUAAUACGAGGCACACCGGGAAGUUUGAUGAGUGCACCAACUCAAAUUUUUGGUUCUAAUGCAUGCACACCGGGAAUGAAUGAUGUACAUUAUAGAUAUGUUUGAUUUGUUUAUUGAACUUUUCAAUUAGUUUUUGAGAUUAGAACUUAUUAUGUUAAGUCCCACAUUAGAUGUGUAAAAGAUGUUACGUAUUAAUUACCAAUGAAUACUAAGACUAAUCAUUAUUCUGUUUGAUUUGUGUUGAUACAACAUUGCCAGCUGUGAUGUUGAAACUUUAUUUAAAAUCAAGGAUAAUGCUGUUGAAAAGUAGCAGACAUGAGUACAAUAUAGUUGAAAUCAGGGAAAGAUUGUAAAUCUGCUGGAAAUGUUGAUAAAUUACUACAUUCUUUUUCCAAAA